AUGGGUCGAUCCCCUUCACCGCAUCGGAGGUAUGCAAACAGCAAGAAAGUGGACAAGAACUCAUCAUACAGACGGACAGAAGUCGAUGACCGCGAGCGGCGGAGGCGCGACCGCAGCCGCAGUGCAGAGCGAGAUGGACGUGACUAUUCACGCCGUAAACGGGACCGAAGCCGAAGCAAGGAUCGCGAGCGGGAGAGUAGGGAUAAAGACAAGAGGCGUAAACGUGAGACUUCUGAAGAGCGGCGGGCGCGCAAAGCGGAAAAGAAGCGUGCGAAGGAGGAGGACGAGGCGCGAAAGGUGGCCGAACUCAGCGUCUACAGCGCUACCGACAAUCCGUUCCAUGACGUGAACCUGGGUCAACAGUUCCGCUGGCACAAGAAGAAUGAGAAGGAGCGCAAGCAGGGCAUGUCGACUUUGGAUUCUCAACGAAGAGACGCUUUGCGGCGCGCCGAGGCUAAGGAGGAGCUGGAACGACUCAACCGCAGGCGCGCUGAGCGGGAGGCGGAUCAGCAGUUGAGAGAGGAGGAGGAGCUGAGGAUGGCCAGACUGCAAGAAUCAGCUCAGAUGUCCGAAUGGCUCUCAAAGGAAGGAGAUUUCCGUCUCGAGCAAGAGCGCAGUCGGGCUGCUAUACGGAUCACGGAGAAGCGGGCGAAGGCCAUCGACUUUUUGGCGCUCAACUUGAAAUAUGUGAAUCCUCCCUCAGAUGAAGAGGAGGAGAAGGGUGAGGACGCCGGUCUGGAGAUUGACUUGGAUGAGCCCUACAAUAUUCUCGACAACCUGACCUCAGAACAAGUCGAAGAGCUUCACGAAGACAUCGAGCUAUACUUGACUCUGGAGCAAGACAAAACCAAUAUCGAUUUCUGGACGAACAUGAUGGUCAUCUGUAAAGACCGAUUGGAGCGAAUCAAAGCAAGCCAACAAAUGGGUGUUGAAGCUGCCGCCGCCGUUGAAGCCGAUAUAUCCGCUUUGUUGUCCACCAAGACCUAUGAUCAGCUCGCCUCGUUGCAGAGGCAGAUCCAAGAUAAAUUGACCAGCGGAGAACCAGUGGAUACUGACUAUUGGGAGAAUCUCCUCAAGAAACUGCUCGUUUGGAAAUCAAAGGCCAAGUUGAAGAGUCUUCACGAAGUUGUCGUACGAAACCGUCUAGAGCAACUCCGCAAAAGACAGAGGGACGAAGCACUUCAGGCUCAGGAGGAACUGCUGGCUGGUGUCGCCAAGGCUGCUUCAAGACGAAAUGAAGUCAUUCACGAGGGACAGAUUUCCGAAGUUGAAAUGAUUCCUGCCGAAGAAAUCGAGGAAUAUCGCAAGGAAAUGGAGCCACCUCUGCUCGAUAUCACCCAACUUUCAACUGAGGAACGAGAGAUGGAUAUCAUCACCGAGCUUGAAUACCGACGCGCUCUGUUUGCUCAACGACGGGCCGUUGCAGCCUCUCGGUUCGUGCCCAAAGCGGCACCUGUUAUAGCUGACAUUCCCGAGGAGCCAUCUCAGAGUAACGCAGACCUGGCGUCUGAAGCCCUGUUCCGCGCCGAGGCCGAGAGAGAACUUGACGAAGAAGAGGAACUGUUCAAUUUGGAAGAAAACAUAUCAAAUCCUACAUCGUACAACUGGGAAGACAAAUACCGACCAAGGAAACCCCGCUAUUUCAAUCGUGUCCACACAGGAUACGAAUGGAACAAGUACAAUCAGACCCAUUACGAUACGGACAAUCCACCGCCUAAAGUUGUCCAGGGUUAUAAAUUUAACAUCUUCUAUCCCGAUCUCAUCGACAAGUCCAAGGCCCCGACAUACAAGAUCGUCAAGGAGGAUGGAAAUGAGGAUACAGUUCUGCUCCAUUUCAGUGCCGGUCCGCCCUACGAGGAUAUAGCUUUCCGAAUCGUCAAUAGGGAAUGGGAGUACUCCCACAAGCGGUGCGUUCUGAGUCUCGCCUAUAGCCCAAGACUUACCCGAAAGACAGUGGUUUCCGAAGCAGUUUUGAUCGGGGCUGCUUAUCUUUGUGGUUUAAUUAUAGGCGGGCUUUCUACCGCAAGUAACAAAGCUGUUGCUUGGCUGGUCGAUGACAUCAUCACUUCGCAUACCGACGCGAGAUCAACCAUCGGUCAUCCUUAGCAUUUAUCACUCAUAUCUUUGUCUUGCGGAAAUGUAACUGAAGGUGACCGAAGGGCUUCACGUGCUGAUCAAAAGCGGACCCGAUCUUUGGUUCCCUUACGACUGACUUCCACCCGCAACCACCAACUACACUAAUACCAACCAAAUCCGUCUGCUACGAUGGCGACCUCAUCCAAAGUCGACACGAAGAUGGAUGUCGAUGAGCCCACCAUCGAUGAGAGCUUGUACUCGCGUCAACUAUACGUCUUGGGCCAUGAAGCGAUGAAGAAGAUGGCCACUUCCAAUGUUCUCAUAGUGGGGAUGCAGGGACUUGGUGUCGAAAUCGCCAAGGAUAUCUGCCUGGCCGGGGUCAAGUCUGUUACGAUUUUCGAUCCCGAACCAGUCACGCUGCAAGAUCUCAGCUCGCAAUUCCUUCUGCGCGCAGAGGAUGUUGGGAAGAGCCGCGCCGAGGCGACGCUCCCGCGACUAGCCGAAUUGAACGCGUACGUCCCUGUGCGAAACUUGGGGGGCAGUGCCGGGCAGGAGGUCUCGGUAGAGCUCGUUCAGGGCUUCCAGGCUGUUGUGCUGUGCAACACGUCGUGGAGCAAACAGCUUGAGAUCAACGCUUGGACACAUAAGAAUGGCGUUGCUUUCAUCGCGGCUGAGACGCGCGGUCUGUUUGGGUCUGUGUUCAAUGACUUUGGCCCGGAAUUCGUCUGUGUGGACACCAAUGGCCAACAACCUUUGUCGGGCAUGAUCGUCGAGGUAGAGCAGUCUGCUGACGGAUUAGUAACUUGCCUGGACGAGACCCGCCACGGACUAGAGGAUGGCGACUACGUUACUUUCGCGGAAGUGCAAGGCAUGACUGAGCUCAACGGAUGUACACCCCGGAAAGUUACUGUCAAGGGCCCGUACACUUUCUCUAUUGGUGAUACGACCAAUAUGUCUGGAUACAAGGCUGGUGGAAUCUUCACUCAAGUCAAGAUGCCGAAGACCAUCGCAUUUAAAUCCCUCGAGGAGUCCCUGAAGACACCAGAAUACUUCAUCACAGACUUUGCCAAGUUCGAGCGCCUUGCAACUCUGCACGCUGGUUUCCAGGCGGUCUCCGAGUACAAGCAGCAGAACGGACGUCUUCCUCGGCCGCGCAAUGCGGAAGAUGCUGCGCAGGUGGCUGUCCUGGCGAAGAAACUGGAGCCUGAUGUGGACGAGAAGACGUUGGCCGAACUUGCUUAUCAAGCCAGUGGCGACGUUCCCCCGCUCGUCGCAGUUAUCGGAGGUUUUGUGGCACAGGAGGUGCUCAAAGCCUGCACAAGCAAAUUCCACCCGAUGCUGCAACAUAUGUACUUCGACUCCCUCGAAUCGCUGCCCUCGACGCUUCCCACGGAGGCCGAUUGCCAGCCGAUUGGCUCGCGUUACGACGCGCAGAUCGCCGUGUUUGGCAAGACGUUCCAUGAGAAGGUGGUUAACUUCCGUGAAUUCUUGGUUGGCUCCGGCGCCAUUGGGUGCGAGAUGCUGAAGAACUGGAGUAUGAUGGGUUUGGCCACAGGACCUAAGGGACAGAUCCAGGUCACGGAUCUGGAUACGAUCGAGAAGAGUAACCUAAACCGACAGUUCUUGUUCCGGGCAAAGGAUCUCGGUAAAUUCAAAUCGGAGGUUGCUGCUGCUGCCGUUGCCGAUAUGAACCCUGAUCUCAAGGGCAAGAUCGUAGCGAGGCAGGAUGCCGUUGGCCCGGAUACCGAGAACAUCUACGACGAGGACUUUUUCAGCAGCCUCGAUGGAGUGACCAACGCACUGGACAAUCUCAAAGCCCGUGUAUAUAUGGAUCAGCGCUGUGUGUUCUAUAAGAAGCCUCUGCUCGAGUCGGGGACUCUGGGAACCCAGGGCAACGUGCAAGUUGUCGUCCCCCAUUUGACCGAGUCGUAUGCCUCGUCUCAAGAUCCGCCUGAGAAGUCGAUCCCGAUGUGUACCGUCAAGAGCUUCCCUAACGCUAUCGAGCACACGAUCGAGUGGAGUCGGACGGAGUUUGACAAGAUGUUUGUGGAUCCCGCGUCGGCCGUGAACGCCUACCUGUCGGAGCCGAACUAUCUCGAGACGCAGCUCAAGUACUCGGGCCAGCAGAAUGAGCAAGUGGAGCAGAUUCACUCAUUCUUGGUCACCGACAAACCGAUCACAUUCGAAGAGUGCAUCGUCUGGGCGCGGCACAAAUUCGAGGAGAAGUUCACCAACGACAUCAAGCAGCUCUUGUUCAGCCUGCCGAAAGACUCGCUGACGAGCACCGGGCAGCCAUUCUGGAGCGGACCCAAGCGAGCUCCGGAGCCUCUGCAGUUCGAUUCGAGCGAUCCACUGCACCUUGAAUUCAUCAUCUCCGCUGCGAAUCUACAUGCAUUCAACUACGGGCUGCGCGGGGAGACCGAUCCGGCAGUGUUCCGCAAGGUUGCAGAUGCUGUGAUCGUGCCCGAGUUUUCACCCAAAAGCGGGGUCAAGAUCCAGAUCAACGACAGCGACCCGACUGCCCCGGCUGGGGGAGACGAAGGUGAUCUGGGGGAACUGGUCUCCAAGCUGCCCGCUCCGUCAUCUCUGGCAGGGUACCGGCUGAACCCGGUCGACUUUGAGAAGGACGACGACAGCAACUUCCACAUCGACUUUAUCGCUGCGUCUGCGAACUUGCGCGCAACCAAUUACAGCAUCGCUGUUGCCGAACGCCACAAGAUUAAGCAGAUCGCCGGCAAGAUCAUCCCCGCUAUUGCCACAACCACUGCGCUCGUCACCGGGCUGGUCUGUCUCGAGCUAUACAAGCUCAUCGACGGCAAGACGAAGCUGGACGACUACAAGAACGGAUUCGUAAACCUGGCGCUGCCCUUCUUCGGGUUCUCAGAGCCGAUUGCGCCUGUCAAGCAAAAAUACGGGGAGACCGAAUGGACGCUCUGGGAUCGCUUCGAGUUCAACAACGACCCGACGCUGAAGGAGAUUAUUACCUGGUUCCAGGAGAAGCACAAGCUGGAGCUGACGAUGAUGAGCCAGGGCGUGAGCAUGCUCUGGAGCGGGUUCCUGCCCAAGAAGAAGAGCGAGGAGCGGCUGCCGCUCAAGUUCAGCAAGCUGGUCGAGACCGUUAGCAAGAAGCCCGUUCCUCCGCACACCAAACACCUGCUCGCGGAGGUUAUGGUCGUCGACGAGGAGGGCGAGGACGUCGAGGUCCCGUUCUUGGUUGUCCGCCUGUAGAUAGCACACGAAUCAAAUGUAUCCUGUACUGACCACACAAACAAAUACCAAUCCAUGCUUUUC